AUAAUAACAGCACCUUAGUUAAGUGGGCGUAGUUAGAAACAUUCCAUAUCCGUGUGAAACAGUCAUAUGCCCUGCAGCUGUAACUUACUGCGUACUUAAAGCAUAUCCUGUUUCCACUACCAACAUACGAAAAACGUCUUAAAGCAUGUGUAUAAUUACAUCAAGAUAGUAUAGUGUUUCAGGUAUCCAGGUGAGGAACUCCAUGUUGUAUUUAAGAGCACAAGGGAAACGUAAACUCCCAUCAAUGAACAAUGUAAGUUGGUUGCCUGUUCACAGUUCAUCGAAUGGCUUUUUCACGUCAAUUUUUUUUUCCAUUUUGACUAUGGAAAAUAUAGUCUGUACAGCUGGAUUACCGGUUUUACCUACCUGUGUGCCAAGUGCGCUUGGAGCCACGUCGCAGUAUGCGCUUUAAGGAAAUGUCUCUUAUGCUAUAGCGUUCAGUUCAUGUUUGGGCACGGAGGCAGUGUAUGGAAGUAAGCCCAGAAAGAGAAGGAUUCUUUUCACUAUGGCGGAUUAUAUCGACUCCAUCGCUUUUCUGGGUCAGUGGGGACGUUUCCAACAGGUAGUCUUCUUCCUGCUCUGUGCUACCAUCGUGCCUAAUGGAUUUGGUGCCUUCACCCUUGUUUUCCUGGCUGACACGCCGAGUCACCACUGCGCAGUUCCUGAUGUCAACCUGACUGAAGACUGGCACAAAAGUAUUAUACCAAUAAAGGUGGUGAAUGGGGAACAGGAACUGAGCAGAUGCAGCAGAUACAGACUGGAUGUGGUCAGAAAUCUCUCUGCUCAGGGUCUUGUUCCUAGCAGAGACAUCAACCUCACAGACCUGGAGCAAGAGGGCUGUCUGGAUGGGUGGAGCUACAGCAAAGACAUCUACCAAUCCACCAUUGUAACAGAGUUUGACCUGGUGUGCAGUGAUCGGUGGAAGGAGCCGUUCACCACCACAGUUUUCUUCGUGGGAGUUCUUUUUGGAUGUUUCUUCUCAGGACUACUCGCAGACAGAUUUGGAAGAAAACCUAUUCUUUUUGCAACCAUCGCAGUUCAGAUGGCUUUUACCUUUGCUCAAGUCUUCUCUGUUUCAUGGACUAUGUUCACCAUCCUCCUCUUCAUCAAUGGUUUGGGACAGAUGUCCAACUUUGUAUCUGCUUUAGUGCUAGGUACUGAGCUGUUUAUUGGCAAUGUGCGUGUAAUAUAUGCAUCUUUGGGCACAUCUUUAGCCUUUGCUAUUGGCUACAUGAUGCUGCCUCUCACUGCCUACUUUUUGAGGGACUGGAAAUCUCUCCUGUUGGUUUUGUCUGUGCCUUGCCUGGUCUUUUUCCCCCUAUGGUGGCUCGUCCCAGAGUCUCCUCGGUGGCUGCUCUCUCAGGGAAGAGUGGGGGAGGCAGAGGCCAUAGUGAGGAAGGCUGCUAAGUGGAACAAGGUUCAGGCUCCGAUGGACAUCUUUCAAGCUGAUAUGGGUAAUGAGAGAAAGACCAACUCUAAAGGAGUAAGUGUCUUAGACCUGCUGAGGAAGAGUGACAUCAGGACCACAACAUGUAUUCUCUGCUUUGUGUCGUUUACUAUGACUGUUGGAUACUAUGGUCUGUCCUUUAACACUGCCAGACUUCAUACUGACCCCUACAUCAGUUGUUUCAUCUCAGCAACUGUGGAAAUACCAGCAUACAUUUCCAGCUGGCUAGCUCUGCAAUAUCUUCCACGAAGAGUUUCCGUCAUUGGUACAUUGCUCCUUGGAGCCGUGCCACUGUUCGUCAUUCAGGCCGUUCCUCAAAAUCUACCAAACCUGUGUAUUGCAGUGGAGAUGUUCGCUAAAUAUGCUAUUACCACAGGUUUCUCCCUGAUGUUUGCCUACACUGCAGAGCUUUACCCAACACCACUCAGGAACACAGCAACAGGGAUUAUGUCCACAGCUGCCAGAUUUGGAUGCUGCAUUACACCAUUUUUCUUAAACAUGAGUGUAUAUGUCAAGUACCUACCUUAUAUUACAUUGGGGACUCUGGCUGUUGCGUCAGCCUUUGCCGCUUACUUCCUCCCAGAGAGUUUUGGACGACCUCUACCUGAAACUAUGCAACAGAUGCAUAAAAGAGAAAGAAUAAAAUGUGCGUGCAUCACCGGAAAAGAAACCCCAAUACCAGUGUCCCUCCUGGAUAGUCCUUUAUGAUUAUCUAGAGCUUUACUGGUGUAGGUCAUGUUUUAAAUAUCAUUGCUACUGUUUACAUUGAAUUAGGAUUUUUGAAUUUUAGUUCUAAAGUUUACCUUUAGUUCAACAUUAGGAGUUGAGGGGGGGGAGGCCAGAGGACAUCAGAGAUAGAGACCAGAAAACAUAAUGCAUUUCAUUUUACAAAUUAACAUUUAAAAGUUCCAUUUAAAGUUUUAAAUAUGAUCCAGUUCCAGGGCACUGGUGCUCAAUUGUUGGAUUGUAAUGUAAGACUCUGUGCUUGUUGCACUGGGUUCAAAUCUAAACUGUGUCCCUUUGCUGCGUGUCAGUCCCUGCUUUCCAGUCACUCUUCAGCUGUCUCUGUCAAAUAAAGCUUAAAUAAUAAAGCCCAAAAAAUAUAGACAUGGGCAUGAUUCCCAGUCAGUGUAGAAUCAAAAUGAUUCAAAAAUCAGUUUUGCGGUAAAAAGGUUACAUAAUGUUUUAAUAGACUUGAAAACAUCACUCUUGCUUUUUAAAAACUUUUUUUCUUUUACUUUGCUUUCUUUUUGUCUCUUUUUUACAUUUGCAUGUAUACAACAUAAAAUCUUUUAAAUCUGUUUAAGGUGAUAGACAUAAAAAUGAACAUGUUUCAAAAUGUAUUUUGUUUAAAGAAAUAAAUGUUCUAGUAUGUAAGCAAAAGUUUUAAGGUUGUUGGGGAAUAAACAGUGUUUUUGUUGUGGAAAUCUAACACAAGUUCAAGGAAGCCUUUGUAUGUUGCCCCUUAAAGAUUCGAUGUGACACAAAAAACCUAGGUUGUGCACUGCAUUUCAUUUUAUGUAUUUUGCAUCCAUGCCAAUACUGGAGUACUGUAAUACUGGAGCUAUAAUCUUAGAUCCAUUCCUAGUUCACGGUUGUGAGUUCAGAGAAUGGCUGAACAAAUGUUGUACAUCAGGUGUGGAGAGCUGGCAGAUGGACUGAAGGCAAAGCGGUCUGUUUUUUUUAUUUUUUAUUUUGUGGUAAAUAAGUUUCAUUGAAUGCAACUAAUAAUAAAGAUAAUUUGAGUACUCAUUAAUCUUGGCUGGACCACAAUGCACACUCUAAUAGACACUAAUAGACCAAUUGUUUUGCCUAUAACUUUUCUGGUACUUUGCUCUGGAAGAAAAUGUUUGAUUGGCAAUUAAUCACAAAUUAAUCUAGUUCCUUUUUAUUAAUUAACGUGGAAAAUCCCAGUCAGUGAGAAUGUGUCUAUAAUAUGCCAACAUUUAGUGGAAUAGAGUCAAGAGAGCAGGUGGAACACUUUAGAUGGUUCAUAACUUGAUUGAUAUCUCUUCAUUGGGAUUGGUAUGACUUCAUUGGUAUUCCAGUGAUAUUAUUCUGUUACUUAAAACCUGAGUAAAUUC